UUUUCCUCCCAGCAAGCUGUGCGACGCGCCAGGCCUCAACCCUUUUGUGCCAUCCGGGUCUUUCUCGCGGACGAGUCGUCUGUGGUGAAGCGUCAGUACGGCCGGUACUGUUGAGAGCGACCCGAGGAGUCGCCGCCUUAGCGGCCAAGACUCAGGACUAUGGAGGCUAGUGAUACAGAACGAGAUGGACUAGCCCCAGAAAAGACAUCCCCAGAUAGAGAUAAGAAAAAAGAGCAGUCAGAUGUAUCCGUUUCUCCUAGAACCUCAAAACAUCACUACUCAAGAUCACGAUCAAGGUCAAGAGAAAGAAAACGGAAGUCAGAUAAUGAAGGAAGAAGACACAGGAGCCGGAGCAGAAGCAAAGAGGCAAGAAGACAUGAAUCCAAAGAUAAAUCCUCUAAGAAACACAAGUCUGAGGAACAUAAUGACAAAGAACAUUCUUCUGAUAAAGGAAGAGAACGAUUAAAUUCAUCUGAAAAUGGUGAGGACAGACACAAACGCAAAGAAAGGAAGUCAUCAAGAGGCAGAAGUCAUUCAAGAUCUAGGUCUCGUGAAAGGCGUCAUCGCAGUAGAAGCAGAGAGAGGAAGAAGUCUCGAUCCAGGAGUAGGGAGCGGAAGAAGUCAAGAUCCAGAAGCAGAGAGAGGAAGAAAUCACGAUCCAGAAGCAGGGAAAGAAAACGUCGGAUCAGAUCUCGUUCCCGCUCAAGAUCAAGACACAGGCAUAGGAGUAGAAGCAGGAGUAGGACAAGGAGUAGAAGUCGAGAUAGAAAGAAGAGAAUUGAAAAGCCAAGAAGAUUUAGUAGAAGUUUAAGCAGAACUCCUAGUCCACCACCCUUCAGAGGCAGAAACACAGCAAUGGAUGCACAAGAGGCUUUAGCUAGGAGGUUGGAAAGGGCAAAGAAAUUACAAGAACAACGAGAAAAGGAAAUGGUUGAAAAACAAAAACAACAAGAAAUAGCUGCAGCAGCUGCAGCUACAGGAGGUUCUGUGCUCAACGUUGCUGCCCUGUUGGCAUCAGGAACACAAGUAACUCCUCAGAUAGCUAUGGCAGCUCAGAUGGCUGCCCUGCAAGCGAAGGCUUUGGCAGAGACCGGAAUAGCUGUACCUAGUUACUAUAAUCCAGCAGCUGUGAAUCCAAUGAAGUUUGCUGAGCAAGAGAAAAAAAGGAAAAUGCUUUGGCAAGGCAAGAAAGAAGGGGACAAAUCCCAGUCUGCUGAAAUUUGGGAAAAAUUGAAUUUUGGAAACAAGGACCAAAAUGUCAAAUUUAGAAAAUUAAUGGGUAUUAAGAGUGAAGAUGAAGCUGGUUGUAGCUCGGUUGAUGAAGAAAGUUACAAGACUUUGAAGCAACAAGAAGAAGUAUUUAGAAAUCUAGAUGCUCAGUAUGAAAUGGCAAGAUCACAGACCCAUACACAAAGAGGGAUGGGAUUGGGUUUCACAUCAUCAAUGCGAGGAAUGGAUACAGUUUGAGAAAGAUCACACUUAAUGUUCGGGACGUAAAGACUUCUGGUUCUGAUGUCAGGUCCUUGUUCACCAAACAGCUAGCAUUCUAGCUUGCAUGGGUGUUGCAUUGACUUUAAUUUAUUGAAAAAUACGAUUUUUUGUAAAUAUCAGAUCAGUGAUACUGGUGUUAGUGUUGUAAUCAGGUUAAACACACUUCCAUUAAACUUGACUGUAGAAGGACAGUAUUUUUUAGUUUAUGAAUUCUACUUUUCAGAUACAUAAAAGCUGCAGGUGGGAUAAAAUCUCAUACAUGGAUUUUUCGUGUCCGCUGUCUUUGUGUACUUUUGUACUUAACCUUGUACAGUUAUUUUCAUUUCUUGAAAACAUGAAUGAAAUGUUAUGUAGAUGUUCUUUAGAAGAUCUGACCAUUUGGUACAUAAUCCAGCAAAAAUAAGCUGGGUGGUGAUGAUAAUAAAAAUGGUUUUCUCAAAACUGGUGUUAA